UCUUCUUUCACUCUGGGGGUGAGACCCAAGGCCACUGCACCACUUCCUGCUGCCUUGCAUUCCUCUUAGAGAAGUCCGAGCCUCAUAACGCAGCAACACUGGGGCAGGCAGCCAGCCAGGACCCUGGAUCAUGUCCCUGGUCCUGCCCACUCUGCUCUGUCUCGAGCUGAUUCUGGGUCAGAGCACACAGGCUCAGAAAGGAGCUUUACCCCAACCUAAUAUCACAGCUCAGCCCAGAUCCAUGGUUGUAAAUAAGAAAUAUGUGACAAUCCAGUGCUGGGGGCCAGCAAAAGCUGAAGCAUACAAGAUAUUUAAAGAGGGAGGACCUGAGCCUAGGGAGGCUGAGAUGUCCACUUUAUAUAUCAAAGAGAUGAAACCAGACCAGACGGGACUAUACCGCUGUUCCUACAGGAGUGGAAAACUCUGGUCCCCAUGCAGUGCUUCCCUGACACUGGUCAUGACAGGAACUUAUGCCAAACCCUCACUCAGCCGCAUGAGUGGCACUGUGGUGGCUUCAGGAGAUGAGGUGAUAUGGAAGUGUUUCUCAAAACUCAAGUAUGAUAGAUUUAUUCUCAUCAAAGAAGAUGAAUUUCAAACCAUCCAGAAUGAAAGCUCCACAUGCCAGGACAAUCAACACCAGGCCAUCUUCCACAGGGGUCCUGUCACCCACACACAGGCAGGGACCUAUAGGUGCUAUGGUGCCUUCAACAACAACCCAUAUUUAUGGUCUCAUCCCAGCAACCCAUUAGAACUUGAGGUCAAAGAAUGUCCUGAUGGUUCCACCAGACUCAGAGACUCCGGACCUACACAGGGCCCAUCCCAAAACCUGCCUCUUCUGAUUGGCAUGCCAGUGGCCAUCCUGCUGUGUCUCUUCCUCCUUGUCCUCCUUUUCUUAUGCAUCUGCCAUCGCAAAGCCAAAAACAAAGCCACCAAGACAGGGAGACAGCCACAGGCAGCAGAAUCAAGGAAUAGACAGGCCCCUGAAGCUAGAGACCCACAGGAUGUCACCUAUUUGCAAGUGGCCUUCAAUGGCCCCAACCAGGGGACAUUUUCGACACCCAGACAGACCCACACCAGCGAAUAUGCAACCAUUGUCCCAAAAUGAGCUCUGCUUUGGACAGUAAAACAUAGCGCUGCCUGUUGGAAGGCUCCUCCUCUGGAAUCACUGUUUCUGUAUCUGAGGCUGCCGACCUGGCCAAGGGGACCCACAUGACCCCCUGAAUCUGGAGACCUGAACACUAUCACCCAGUCAGUUCCAGAAGCUCUACUACAAUUGUCCAGCAAUUUCUGGGACCCCGCAAAGUUACUGGGACAAUGACAGAGUAGUUUUUGUAUGUUUUCAUUGAUUAAAAAAAUAGACUUCAGUACU